AUGCUCAGUGAUGCAGAGAUCCUGCUCUGCGAUGAGCCCACCACAGGACACGAUGCAGCGACAGCCCUUCAAGUUAUGAAAGUACUGAAGGAGCUUGCUCAAAAUGGACUAACUGUGGUUAUAUCCAUACAUGCGCCAAGAUCUGACAUGUGGCACCUCUUCGACCACAUCGCACUCCUCUCUCGAAGAUCUGUUUUGUACAGCGGAUUAAGGGAGGUGUCAACCUCGUAUUUUCGCCGUUGUGGAUAUGAAAUGCCAUCAUUGGUGAGCCCUGCGGAAUAUCUGGUAGACCUUGCGGCUUUGGAUACGAGAACAAGCCAAUGUGAACAUGAUUCUACUGCUCGGUUGGAAUACCUUAGGUCACAUUGGGCUUCAAAACACCCUUCCCACCAGUCAGAGAAACCACCCACAUAUACAACCUCCGCACUCAGCGGGGUCUCUGAGCGCAAUACAAGUCAACCACCAACCCUUAUGAGGGAACUCCGCGUUUUGACAGCACGCAACAUGAAAAUGUUCAUUCGUGACCCCAAAGCACUCGCCGGGGCUUGGGGUGGAGCUAUGGCCAUGGCUGUUGUCAACGGAUGGGUUUUCAUGAAUAUGGAUAGAAGCGAGGAGGGGAUUCGAUCCCUUGAAGGGAGUUUGUGGUAUGCGACCGAACUCUACGGGUAUUUAAUUUUUCUCACUGCGCUCGUGGAAAUCAAAUUGUUCGAUCAUGAGAGGCAGGAUGGCAUCACUAGUGCUGCGGGAUUCCUCCUGAGCAGGAGAGCUUCAAAACUGCUCCUGGAGGACCUGACAAUUCCUCCGUGCUUCACAUUUAUCUAUUACUUCUUUGCUGGAUAUAAACAUACAGCCCGUCAAUUUUUCAUAUUUCUAGUGACGAUGUUCUUAAGUCAUUUCAACGCCAUAUUGUUUGCGGGUCUCUCCACUGCAAUAUCUCUUCACUUUCUUCUUGCCGAGUUCCUGGGCAAUCUGUACUUCACGCUUCAAAUGGUGGCUGCCGGUUACUUCAUACCUUCCACUCAAAUGCCAGUCUACAUAGGGUGGUUGAGGUGGAUCACCCAUACAUUCUACACAUUUGGCGCCCUUGCUGCAAACGAAUGUAUCGGCGCAGAAAGUCCCUCUGGCGUCGGCCAGUUCUACGACUGCCCUUAUUCAAACAAUCCCAGUGAUCCAUCCUGCAAACAAUACACUGGUGCCUAUAUCAUGGAUAGUCUGGGCCUUCCACAUAAUUGGAUCUGGAAACCAGUCGUUAUCCUGUGCGCCAUUGCGUCCAUCUGCUAUAUUUGGGCUGGACUAAUACUUCAUUACAACCCUCUUAAACCAGUCACGGGCCACGCUGGCGAACGAGUUGAGAGCAUUGACCCCCCGGAAAUAAGAUUCAGUCCCACUCCAAGUCCCCAGGCGAUCGCGAUCACCCUACAAGCAUAUGGACUUAAGGAAAAAGGGCAGUCGAGCAAACGUUCGAGUCUCCUCGGUCCAAUUUCCACAGGUUUUCGUCCUGGGCGGCUUACUGCGGUAAUGGGGGCUUCUGGGAGCGGAAAAACCACGCUUCUAUCAGCACUGUCUGGGCGACUUGCGACUUCAACAAAAGCGAGGUACCAGUUUAUUGGGUCUAUCAUGUAUAACAAUACCUGUCUACCGGAAUACAAAGUAAGAUUGGUUGCGUCUCUCGUUAAUCAUGCUGUUGCGUACAUGCAUAUACGAAACAAUAGUGAAUAUUUCCAUGACAGAUUGUUUCUGCCGACCGUGGGACUUAAAUACUCACCAUUUCAAACCCUCAUGGGAGUUGAGCACAAAAUGCAACUUACUUUCACAAAAUGA